AAUGCUUCAUCUAAGCAUUACUCAAUUCCAUCAGAUCUAUUCAAAUCCAUCAAUUUCUUUUUUAUUGUUUUAGUUUUUUCCCAUUUCUAAUCAACAUCGACAAGAUUCCAAUUUGAUACCGGCGAUCUUCAGCAGAGAUGUGUUCUUGCUUCCUGGGUCUUGCUUCAUCACUUUCAUUUCAUCUCAAAACUCAGUAACUUCAUUUAUUUCUUUUUUUACGUGUUAAUUUUUUUAAUAGUCAAAUUUUAAUCAUAAACUUUCCCAUCAGUUCACUAAGCACUGAAUCUUCGUUAGCAACCUUGGCCCCCUCACUCACUCCCUCCACACUUGGCCGUCGAUUGCAACUGUCAAAUCGUCAUCACUUCCCUACUAGCAUCUUCGCAAUUUGUUUUCGAUGGCCUGUCAAUUUUAGAGAUGGCCUUCCCUUUUUGUUUUUCACUGUUUCCAUUUCAAAUUCUAUUGAAGAUUCUCUCAAUGCCUGACUUAACUACACACUGUGUUGAAAAGAUUUGUUGGUCAUUGUGAGAUACCUUCUAUUAUACCAAUUUUAUAUAGAAAAUUUUGUUUUGUUGACCGAUUUGCAUCAAACAAGGCUUUGCUGCUGAAUGAAUCCAUUGAGUUCCUUAAAUCACUUCAGUUGCAAGCCCAGAUUCAUGAGAUCGCAUUUAAGAAGGAAACUUUGGGUUUCGUUACAAUACAGUAAUAUGUUGACAAGAAAGAAUGAGGAAUUGCCAAGGACACACAAGUUUAUGUCGGUGCCUAAUCUUCACCUAUUCCUGGAUGAUGAUUCUUGAUGUUUUCAAAUGUGGAGUAAGGCAAGUUGAUGCCUCUUAUCACCACCAUUUACUCUUUGGUCCCAUGUGUAUCCAAAUAAGAGUACCUUAUUUUGUGUAAGUGAAUUCUUAUUUUGAUUCUCAUUAUUAUUUUUGUUAAUAUUGUAUGUGUGUAUAUAGAUUCUCAUUAUGUGUAUGUAUACAUGUAUGUGUGUGUGUGUGUCCUGUUGAAUUUUAAAAUAUAUUGGCUGAUGCCUUCAAUUGUGUAUAAGAAAUUCUGCUACAUAAAACUUUCAUUCUAAGCAUGUUUGACUUUUUCUUUAAGAAUUGGUUAGAUAUCACCAACUUCAUGUAAUAACUUUUAAGGCUUCACUCUUACCAUUUGAAUGCAUUUAAUUUGUUCUAAAAUUCAUUGUAGUGAAAAGCUCUUACUCCUUGAGUCCAAAGGCAGCACAUGACCCCCUCCUUUUUUGCUUUUUAUUUCUAGGGGCAAGGUGGCAAAAUAUUAUGGAAUACUUAUGCCUGAUAGAUCGAUUCCAUUUCCAUAUUUCUUAUGUAGCAAAGGAAAUUAAAAGUAAUACAAAUAACAUGAUUGAGAAGUCAAAACAAAUUUCUUCUAACUAUGGUCAUUUAUCCAACAAAAUGGGUUCAAAAUUUGUUGAAAAAACUUCUCUCAAAGGUUUCUUCUCUUCUAUGUUCCUUUUUAUUUCUGAUUAUGUAUCUAUCUACUUAUUAGCAGUGUAUAUGGUUUAGCACUUUGGAGUCUUAAUUAAAGAAGCCAUUCAUAGGAUGCUUUUAUGCUACUUUAUGAGUUGUUUUAUACUAAUUGAUAUUAUGUAUGGUUAUUGAGAAAACUACUUUCAGUUUUUUGGUAUUGCUUCCUCUUAGAAUAAUAUUUUUUUCUUAUU